UUAUGGUUCAACUUUCGUGAGGUGGAAGUGUAAUUCUCCGCUGGGUUAGUUGUGUGCGCACGCGAUCGCCAGGACGAAAAAGCACGUGAACAAUUAACUAAGGGGGACUUGCUAAUUGAAUUAGUGACGUUUUGGUUAAAAAUGAAAGUCGUCAAUUCAUGGAUCUGUUUCUGAAAAUUAUUAUUUAGACUCGAAGAAUCUGGAUCGACCACUUCACAGCAGGCUGCAAUGUGCAAAUUCUGCAGCCCCUCAAAAUACAUUCCAACAGAACGCCCCAACGUUUCUGUCAAGAAAACACCAUCAGGAAACGUCUACAAAUGGCGUCACUUCAUGUUUAAUAAUAAAACACACACCUCAAAACUCUGUGAUUCUAGCGAAACGAUACGGCUUAGGUUCAAGCAACGAAGAACUUCUUCAAGAUCCAGACUACAUUCACGAUCACUAUAGUCCAAAGAUAAUAAAAAAAACUUUAAGAAAAACGAAGUCAGAGGUCUGUUCACAUGCACCUAAGUUGAAAGAAAAUAAUAAAAAAAUAUUAUUUAAUGAUGUAUUCAGAAAAAUUAAUAAUAAAAUCAAGACAACAGCUGUGAAGGCGAAAGAAAUAAAACUGAACAGUAAUAAUAAAGUUUCUGUAUCUCGAGAUAGCUUAUCACAAUGUUAUCAUGUAGCUGAUAACUCGAAACAAAUCGUAUACAUAAACACGAAUCAAUCCAAUGAAUUAACAUUAAGACGACUCGGAGAUGUAGUAGAGAAGCAGAAAUAUUCUCGAAAAAAUCAAACCAAAGAAUUUACCAAAGAAGAGUUAACAUUAAGCGAUAGUAGUCGGGUCAAAACGAAAUAUUCGCCACCUCCCGAGGAUUGUGCACACACGAAUUUAGUUGACAAUUUCACAAUACACCGUGUGUCGUCAACAAAAACUGAUACUGCUGAACUUGCUUCGGAUACCUCGGACAUUUCGUCGCGUAAUAGUGUUGAAACUGUUUCGGACAAUCGGACGGGUAUUCUAACUAAAAACAGAAUGUCGCGCACUUUUAAAAGUGCCAUCGGAAAAAUGUUGCGUUCGGGGUUGAAAUGGAAAGAACGCAUCAUUAUCGGAAUGUGUAUAAUUGUAGUGUUGUUUACGUUGUUGUUAGUGGUGGACAUUCAAAUGGACUUCGGGAUAUCCGGAAACCAAUUAGUGGCGUCUCACGGUAGGGUGAAAUACGUUGUAGAUGAGGGACCCGAGAGUGUUUAUAAUAGGUUUAGGAAUAGGCUGUUACAGAAAACACAUAGUGCGGCCAUGACAGGCGCAAAUUUUUCCAAAGAAACUCUUCCGAACGAUAUAUCUGUCCUUAAUGGACGUAUCAAAGAUAUCGCUACUGCUUCCAAUGACGCUUUUCUACCAGAUGACAAGCAAAAAGACGGUAGAAAACUUCCCGUCCAGCAUCGUCACGAUGAUUUUAGCGACAUUGUCGAUUACAUCAUGUUGGACGAAUAUGACAGGCAAAACUUCCGAAAUGAGAUAGAUAGAAUACAUGCGGUCGUUUCCAAGCAGAAAAAUAAAUCGACAAAGAAAAGGAGGACCAUCGGCGAGAUGAAACGACUAUAUAUAGAGAAAAAUUCAACAACAUUAGAAAAAUUUCAUGCUCAAAUAUCGGAAGACGAAUUAUAUUCUGAGGAUAGUCCUUAUGUAGAUAAACUUCUUCGCGAAAUGGCUAGUGAAACCAUAACACAUGUUGCCUUGACUGAAUCCAGAUUCCAAACUUUUUUGAGGGAUAUAUUUGAUGCUCAAAAGACAGGCGGAACACAACUUAAGCUUGUCAUAGACUUCGCUAAUAACAUGCAAGCACUUUUUAAACCAAUGAGAUUUCCACGAGAACAACAGACUCUUCCUAAUCACUUCUAUUUUACGGAUUACGAAAGACACAAUGCCGAGAUUGCUGCAUUCCAUUUAGAUAGACUAUUGGGCUUUCAUCGCGCAAUGCCUGUAACCGGCAGAUUAGUGAAUAUGACCUCAGAACUUUACCAAAAAUGUGAAGGGGAUCUACUGAAUACAUUCUUCGUAUCACCUAGCGAUAAUCUCUGUUUUCAUGGGAAAUGCUCCUAUUAUUGCGAUACGUCGCACGCUAUUUGUGGUAAUCCCGAUAUGCUGGAAGGAAGUUUUGCUGCAUUUUUGCCAUCGCCAAAGCGGGCUCCAACGAGGGUCUGGAGGCAUCCAUGGAGAAGGUCGUAUCAUAAACGACGUAAAGCUCAGUGGGAAACUGAUCCGAACUAUUGUCAACUUGUGAGAGAAAUUCCACCCUACGAUAAAGGUAGACGACUAUUCGACUUAAUGGACAUGUCAAUUUUUGAUUUUCUCAUGGGAAAUAUGGAUAGACAUCACUACGAAACGUUCAAAAUGUUUGGAAAUGAAACGUUCACACUACAUUUGGAUCACGGCCGAGGCUUUGGCAAACCCUACUACGAUGAUCUUACCAUUUUAGCACCUUUACUCCAGUGUUGUCUCAUACGUCAAUCCACUUUGGAGACAUUAAUUAGAUUCCACAACGGACCUAUAAAAUUGAGUGCGGCGAUGCGGAUAAGCAUGAGUUCAGAUCCUAUCAGCCCAAUACUGUGGGAGCCCCAUUUGGAGGCACUUGACCGUCGAGUAGAAUUGAUCCUUAAAGGUAUAAGAGACUGUUUACAAAAGGGUGAAAACCCAGUGUCUGAACAUGAAACGUAGAAUUUAAUAUUAUUUCCAAGACUUUACAACUUAUUUCAAAAUUAAGUUUUGUGAUAAAUGGUCACAGGUUCAUAGAAACACGAAAAUAAUUACUAUAAACAAGAUUUUAUUUGCUUGACAAAACGUUUUCCAGAUUAAAAUGGGUAUGAUUUAUGUUUAUCGUUAUUUUACUACGGGAAAAUUAAAAUUAAUCGUAUCCUAUGAUGUCCAAUUAGAUAUCAUUAGUUUCCAACAGAUCAUGUUUACUCAUAAUUUUUGUUUAAAAACAUCAGUAAAUGAACGUUAUUAUUUAUUAUAUAUUCAAUACAAUUUAAGUGGUAAUCCAUAACUGGGAAUAGAUCCUACUAAACUUUUAACAUCGGAAAUCAAAUGAUAAAUACUCAUAUAGUAUCAAUAAUUAUCUGUACCCAAGAUCAGGAAGUUUAUGCAGAAAUAGAAGAGGAAAUUGGUGUGAAAAUGUAUAUUUUAUUGUAGUCAAGAUGUAUGGAAUAAAUUCAAUUUUAGCGUUAUUAUGUACUAUGUGAUAAAAACGUGCACACACUCGGAAUUCUAAGCAUCCCCUCGAAAAUUUUAAAUAAGAAAGUCCUCUGCUCAGCAAUAUAAAGUUUUUUUAAAAUUUGGUGCAAUCAAAACUGAGAAAAUUAAUUUUUAAGAUGUAAAAUUUUGAUGUUUCUAUCAGAAAACUUUACGUAUAAUGAAGAUAAUAAUGUCUCAUAUUAUUUAGAAUUCAUUAUUCAAUAUAUUCAAAAUAACCACCAUUCACUUUUUGACAAUAACCGAGGCGAUUUUUGGAAUUCUCAUACAACAUCUUGGCCUCAGGGGUUAUUUAGUUAAUUGCUUCCGUUAUCCUAAUUUCUAAAUCAGGUAAAUCAGGUAAUAUAACAAGAGCUCAAAAGGAGGUUGUGAAAUUUUUAAUAAUAAAUACCCUGGUCAUCACGUUUCACAGAAUGUAGAAAAUAUUGAAAAACCAGGUAGAAACGUUCAAUUUACUGAUGGAAAAAGUUAGAUGUACUUCUAGAGAUUGAGGAAUAUCCGCAUAAGACAACUCGAGAACUUGCCACCAACCAUGAUGUGAGUAAAUCAUCUAUUUUGAGAGUUUUGCAUAAAGACAAAAAAAACCAUCCUUCCAAAGUUCAGUUGGUUCAAGAAUUAAAUGAAGUUGAUCCUGAUAGAAGGCAAGAAUUCUGUGAAUUGAUGAUGGACAGAAUAAACGCAUGUGCAUUUUAUAAAAAAAAUAGUUUUUUCUGAUGAAGCGAUGUAUAUAUUGGAGCAGAGCAAAACCUCACUGGAUGUGUGAAACUUACAUUCAAUAUUAUAAAAAAGUGAACAUUUGGUCUGGUAACAUAACAAUAAUUCUUGAUACUUAUUUUUGUGAACAGAUAGUUAAUGGUGAGGUUUAUCUAAAUUCUUUCAUUAACUUCUUAAUGCCUACACUAAAAAUACUUUUUCCUAAUGUUAAUCAUCCAAAUGAGAUAGAUCGAUCUAUUUACUACCAACCAGACGGAGCUUCACCGCUUUUUGUCACGUUUAGCUAGAAAUUUUGAACAUUAAAUUACACGACCCCCUUCUUUAUUUAAAACUUUUGAAGCAGGGCUUAUAAUUUAAAAGGGGUGCUGAAGUAGAAUAAUAAUUUCAUACUAUAAAUUGUCAAUUUUAGAAUAAAGAUCGACUUGUUUCAGGUUUUUCACAUAGUACACAAUAACACUAAAAUUGAAUUUAUUCCAUACAAAACAAAACAGUAGUCGCUAGUUCGAUAAUUGUUCUCCACAUUUUACAUAAUCUCACAGUAAUCCUUGUAUAAUAUUAACAAAAAUUUCUAUCCAAAAUAUAGUUAAAUAUUAACGAAGACAACUUCAGUGCGGGGAAACUUCAAUUGCAGCAAUCUUGAGAAUUACGUGUGAAGAGUUCAUUUAAAAAAAUUCUCGCUUUAGAUUAGCGCUCAUCACAAAAUACGUGACAGCAUAAAUUUUGGUUCUACGAUCAAAAAACGCUGGAAAAGAAUAAGAUUGCCAAAGCACCGUAAAUCUUUAUACCUUCUUUAAAUUUUAUACACUAUGCGUCGCUUUGGUUAGAUAGUCAUUUGAUAAAAGAAAUAAUCAAAGUUUAAAGAAUAAAAAGCAAGAAUUUGAUGACAUAUUUUAUUUCGUAAACGAUAAACCAAAAUAAAAAUCGCACUUAUGGAUAGAAUCAUGAGUUUUCAAUUGCUUGAAUAAAAUGUUUCAAUUAUGGACCUUGAGUUGCACUAUAAAAUUAAAGACAAAAUACCCUUAGUAGUGCAAAGUUUUUGCGAUUUUAAUGGAUAGAAAUGAACGAAAUUGAUGAAAUAAACAAAAUUGAAACUGUUCAUAACUCAUCAAGGGACAUGGGAGGAAGUACCUCGAAUGAUAUAGGUGCUAUGUACAUGGCUCAAAAAUAAGAACAAAUAGGACUUUGACGGAAGUACAGGUAUAAGUACGAGCUAUCGCAAGAAAAUAAUUUAUCUCACGCUUAAAAAGCAACGAUAGAUAUUGAAUAUGAGGGGAAUAAAAAGGCUUAUAGCUAUUAAGACAAAACAAAAGGAAGUUGAACAAUACAUAAAUGAAUGCUAAUUUCUUCCAUGAUAAUUCCAUUGCUUUUGUUCUUUUACGAUGAAUGAGGCAGUUAGUUCAGGGCAAGCAUUCAACUCAAAAAGUAUACGAACAAUGACGAUAGUAAGGGAAAUAAAUAACAAACAUCUUGAUACAUAUACUUAUAAACAGAUAAAUGGACGUCCAAUGAAUUUGCCCCAAAUAACGUGAAUGUGUAUGUAAUGUCAUGUUAGUAAUUCCUUAUUUUUGAGUUGAUUUUUUAUUUUCUUUGAAUUAUAUCUUCCAUUAUUAACAUUAUCUGUUUCCUUAUAUUUACAUCGAAACAAAAUAACAAUCAAAUGAAUGAAUUAUGCUUGUUUUCUUCGAACUUUGCAUUUGAUAUAUCUCUCUGUCAAUCCAAAUGACCUUAAUAUAAGUAAUCAAACUGUAAUUUCUCAAUUACAACUUGUAUCUAUAACGCUUAUUUUUUUGUUGCUGAUUAACAUUUGAUUUGUCGUUUAUUCCACUUUCAUUUCCCUUAUAGAAAUAUUAAAGGCUGAUAACUGUAAUGAUUAUAUACUCGUUAAAGGUAAUUUUAAAUUGAACAAAGUUGUCUGCUCGAGCAAUAGAACGAAUGCAUCAAUCUAUUCACUGAAAAUGGCUUUUAUGGUUUUUGUUUGAAAACACUAUGCUAGUUAUACUUGUGAAUAGCCAUAUUACGUACUGUUUCUGUUUCUUUGUUGAUCAUUAUUUUAUUUAACAUAGUAAACUUUUCCCGAAAUUACCGAUUUCACAAUUCUUCUCUACAUAUUGCGAUUCUGUACUGUUGGCCUUCCCCUCCAUUUUGUACUCCCUUCCCCUUCUUCAAUGAGCUUUUUAACAAAUCUUUUUCCCAGAAACCUUUCAGUAAACCCCAACCAUCUUACUCUUCACGCUUUCAUGUAUCUUGUUAUGGGUAUUUACACAAACCCAUCACUUUUUUUAUUACGUCAAAAAUUUUUCUAAGCACCUUCCCUUCUCAUAUAGCCAGUUUUGUUUUUUUAGCAUUUGUUAAAACCCAUGUCUCCUCCCUAUUCCUCUACAUUUUUAUUUGACAGUGAUGCUCCCAGGAAUUUAAGUUCACAAACUUUUCUAUUUUAUAUUUUUUAUCCUUUCCUACUUUAAUCUUAAUGUAUUCAUUUCUACGAAUCACAUUUUGUCUUAACACUAUAUACUUUGUUUCCUCUUGGUUAAUCCAUAACUUUUUGCAGCCUCUUCUAGCCUCUUCUAAAUCUUUAGAAUGUUCUUUCCAUUUCUUUCUUUGUUCUGGUUAUUAAGCUAAAUCGUCUGGAUAUGCAAUUAUUUACCAUUUAUGUUACAGGUAUUCUACUGCUCAGUUUAUUAUUACACCUUAAUUACACAUAUUACAUUUAUUUCCAAUCUGGCGCUUUGUCUGCAUAACAUUUUCACUUCUAUGAUAAUUUAUACGCUUUCUAUUAUACCUGAUACAUUAAAAUCUUCUUCUCAUUUACCCAUUAGCUGAAGUUUGACGUCAGCUUUAUUCGGCAAACAAACUCCACUGUAAUUUGAGACAACUAGGAUUUUUUGUUAAUUUUAUCUUCAAUAACAAAUAUGGCUAAAUAUGUCAGGCCCACCAUAUUUCAUUUGUGAAGUAUUAAUGAAAAAUUUUACAUUUUUUGGUUGCAGUAUUAAACUUUUUACUGCUUAAUAAUAAUACAUUCAAACUUUUUUAUUGAAUUAACAUAUCAAUAUUGAUAAAUUUCGAUGAAGGGAAUAUAUAAAUUAUUAUUUUUAGCAAUAUCUUUAGCGUCACUAUUUGGAGAAUUGGUAUAUUUACAGUUUUCUAUUCAAUUUUAUUAUACUUUUUGCAGUUGUGUGUAUUUAACUUGCUGACUAUUAAGCACUUACUCGAAAUAGUUGUAAAUUGAUUCAAUUAGACCAUAAAAGCUUAUUAUUGAUAGACCAUCAUUAUUUUCACGUAAGUUUCUGCAGGGUACUCCAUAAAAAAAUUGUCGUUAUAUUUAUAAUAUGGACUUCAAGUACUUGGAAGAUUAGUCUUGGAGAUAAAAUCUUGAUAAUUUUAGUCUGCUUACGUGUUUCAACCGGGCGGUUAUCGUUAUACGAACGAUUCUGUUUUGCGUUCCAACCGACUUAUGUACCGUUAGUGAACCAUUUCCGGGUUGGUUGAUAGAAAAUACUCUUACAAGAACCGUGGAUAGCCGGAGAGUACGCAGAAAAUAUCUAUAAACGCUUCCAAUAACCGUUCCAAGAACGAUACCGGCAGGUUGGAACAAACCUUAUGUUAACGAACUUUUGUUCCAUUUAAAAUAAAGCAACUGACAUGAUUCUGAAAUAAAUGUUGUAUACAAGUACUGAAAAGAACUUCUAAUGUAUUUUUUUUUUAUAUAAACGUCAAGGAUUGCAAAUAGUAAGUUACUAUCGAACUGCAUAUUAGAGGAUUUUGUAAUAUUGUAAAAUAUGUACAAAGAGUGUGAAUUAAGUUCCUAUGUUACCAUUUUUAUAUAUUACCAAAUAUACUGUAAUAGAUUUAAUCAAUAGUUUCUGUUAUUGGCACUUUCCACGAAAAUUUCCGUGGCUCUUAGAGAUACGAAAAUCUCCACUUUCCACAAAAAAAUCCGUGGCCAUCAUUUUACCCUUAGAGAUCCGGAAAUUUUUAUAGAAACGGAUCAGAAUGAAGCUUUUUUCCGUGUCUUUAAAUCUUACCAUAUGAUCCAAAAUCACCACCCUCUACGGAAAAAAUCGUGGUCUAAUUUUAAUCUUAGAAACACGGAAAUUUUAAAACUAACCUAACCUAAUCAUCCGUAUCCAAUUGCCACGGAUUUUAAGCGCUCGUGUAACGUUGUGCACUAUCAGCAAGCUUAGAAUAAGAGUCAGAGAAUAAAUUACGAGAUAUACACAGCACUAUCAUCAAUUCAUUAUUACUAAGGUUAUUCUUACAAUCAAAUUAUUUAUUAACAAAUUUUUUGUUUGAUUCAUUCUAAAUGGUGGUAUUUAUCCGUGGACAACAUUCAUCCGUGGACAGUAUUCAUCCGUGAGUUGAUGCUUAUUAUUGUAACAUUCACUGCUGAAAUUAGAGACACGGAUAAAGCUUCAUUUGGCUCAUUUCUUUAAAAAUGUACAUCUCUCUAUGGUUGAAAUUAGAGUCACGGAUUUUUCCGUGAAGGGUGCCAAUAGACACUUCGUUAAUCAAUAUCAAAUUAUAAAGGGUGUUCCACACAUGUCGUAAUUUGGCAAAUAGAAAGUUUUUGUUUUCACGGAUUCUCGGCCGUUUCUCCAUGUCAUAUGUUUUCCUAUGGAAACUUGUGACCUCUUUGAAAUCCCUGGUAUUUAUUGUCUCCAGUAUAUUACCUUUUUUUGGAUAGAAAUCUUUUUCAUCCAUUUUCAAUAAAUUGUUGUUCAACAGUUUUUCUUUUUUGACCUUUCAUGAAUUUAAUAUCUACUACUUAAUGAUUUGUUGAGAAGACUUUAAUAUCUUUUUUAGUCCACUUCUUUACCAAGCUCGGUUACAAGACAACUUACCUAUUUAACUGAAAAACAGCUUCAGUUUCAAGGCAACUUAGAAACAACAGGUCUUAACAAAUUAAAGUGGCACUUUAAUUUUAUUUUUUCAAAUUUAUUCCAUGAGUUACAUAAGUGGUACACCUUGUUUCAUAAUUUGUUAUAAAAUUAUAAAUAAUUGUUACAGCUAAUUAAUUGUAUUUAAAAAGGGCACUUCUUCAUAAACAAAAUUUGUGUUCCCUAUUUUGAAUUCACUAUCAGCUUUAUAUAAGUAUACACCUUGUACAUGUAGAACCAUAAUUUGAAAUUAUUUAUAAUUUACUCUAUAUGAUGGAGAUUGCAUAAAAAUUUAAGUAUAGUAGAAUCAUUUCCGUUAACUUCAAUGAGACCAUUUUAUGUUAUCAAAAAGUAAUGCAAUAUAACAAUUUUAGAACAAUACUGUAGAUCAGAAGUCCCAAACUUUUUAUCGUAAACUACUUUCAAAAUACUUAUUACUAGUUUUAGUUGCAACAUUACUCCAUAACUCGUUAAAAAAUUAAAUCUAACUAUGGAAAUUCAAGUACAGUCCUGUUGUAAAGCUUCCCGUGCACCUGAUCCACCUUGGAAAUCACUGAUGUAGACAAUACUCACCUAUAUUUUAAUUUUAUGAUUUUAGUAUUGAUUGAUAAUGAACCUGGGUAAUUAUUCUCGUUCUGUUUGAUUCAAACUCUAAAUGACUCUUCCAGUUAGGAUGACUGAGAUACUCGAAAACAGGUAUAAUUAGGAUGCAAGAGAAAUGCAAAUGUAUAACUAAUAUUUUUCAAAAGCAUUGUUUAUAUAAAAUAUAUUAUGCCAGAAAUUAACAACUACAUGAUCCCUAAUUUUUCUAUUAUAAAAAAUAUAUCUUGUACUAUUUAUCCAUGAUAAAAAAUAUGCUUACAGAAAAAUAGAAGUUAAAGACUUCAUUUAUCAAUUGACAUAUUCAUAGUUUUUGGAGAAACAUCUACUCAGGUUAAACGAAUUUGUUGUCUCUGAAACUGUUAAGCUCAAUCCAAUUCUAACUGUAUUCAAAAGAACCCUUUGAAAACAAAACUAUUAACCUUCGGUCCACGUUUCUGAAAUCACAGAGAAUAUAAAAAAAAUAUAAAAAUGUUUAAAAUGUCUGCUCUUCGAUUUUUUCUUCCAAUUCAGGGUACACAGAUCUCCGUUGUGCGAUAAGGAGAUUCCAGAAAUAAUAUUUUAAGGUAAAAUGAAAUCUAAUGAUUACAAAUAAGUAUACCUAAGUUAUAAUUUAUUCAAUAUAAUGUAAUGAUAAUUGAAUGCAAUUGAAAAAAAAUAGCGAAUAAUGCAGACACAACUCCACUAUGAUUCUAAUUUCGAACCAAAAACAGCUGUUAAGAAUUUAAAAGUAAAAGAGUUUUGAUGUCCAAUGAGACCGACAAUGAUUAAUUAUUCAAUUCUAACUAGGCAACUCAAAAUGCUAUACACCGUAAAGUGUCUCGCAGAACUAUUAGUAAAAGUUUCUGGGUUAAAAUCAAAGUAAAUGACAACGUUUACUAUUCCCUGAAAAAAAAAUAUAAAAAAUACAUAGGUAUUCGUUAUGUACGUAAUACUACUAUAUUAUGGACAAUUUCUAUAAGCUGUUCCAACUAAGGAAGACAGAAUAGCAACGAUUUCGAUAUCCUCCGAAGUUCCAGCUCGGUUCUGCACAUUCUCAAGCAUGCGUAGUAUAGAUAAAGUGUGUCGAACGAGAGAAAAUGAAUAUUAUCGACACCGGGACUUUUUUCCCAUACCAACUGUCCAUUUAAUAGUAUUACAUAUAUGGGUAUUCGUCUCUAUCAAAAUAUUCAUACGUCACUGUUUUUAUUUUCAAUUUUUUGGCAAAUAUUUUAGUUCCAUUCAAACGUUUUGUAUAUUUAUUAUAUAUAAGUCGCCCUAUAAUCCGAAGUAAAUCCAUCUAUUUAAAACUAUGGGUUGAUAUUACUAGAUAGAUACUAGAGAAAACAUGAACGAGAUUUAUUUAACUGCCGGUUUUUGGGUUUUCUAAAAUUGAUUAUGUGAACUGUGAUAAGCAGUAGCGUAGAAACGUAAACGUAAUAACUGAAGAAUCCAGGAAGAUUUUUUAAUGUUAGGUUAGGUGUUCCUACGUCGAUGUCAACAACAAGGAAAAGAAUCCGUAAUGCCAAUUUAAGAUCCAGCCGAGACAUUUACACUUGCACAAGUGCAACAAGUUUGAGUAUUGGGCAUUACCAACAAUGGUAUUAUAAAAAAUAUAAAACCACGAUCUCGUUAGAGAUUGUUUUUAGAUAAUUGACUAAAACGAAUAUGGAUAAACCCAUCAACGCCUUGGCAUCAAAUGUCAAUUCAAGACAUUCAACCCAUUCGAAAAGUAACAAUUAUAUACAAUAUAUGUAUAAUAAAUAGAAAACCCAGGUUUUCUUCAUUUACCAUGUCAACCCAGGUUACCUGCUGUGAAUCCCUUAGAGUAUAUUUGGAACCAGUUACAAGAAUCUUUUCCGCAACUUUGGGCAAACAAAAUUUAUAGUUGAAGGUAUGUCAAUGUUGCUGUGAUAAGGGCAAAUGUGGGUCACACACAAUAGCUGUUGUUUAAAUAUUAUUUUUUAUUGAAUUCUUUGGUAUUGUUUUUUUAUUAUUCUAUAUUAGCACUUUGUUCAAUUUUUAGUAUUCUGAUAUAAGAAAAAAAAGUCUUAUUAUGAAAAAUUGAUUGAAGUAACGAUCAAUAUAAAUCAAGCAUAUUCCACACAUUUAGAAAUGUAGAUACUCACUAAAUUUAGAAUAAGUACACAAGUAGUUUUAUUGAAUGGAUGGUGAAUGGAAUACACAGUUUCUAAUAAAUUAGUAAAACUAUUAAUAACAAUCAACUAACAAUACCAAUGUACCUUGGUCAUAAUUUUAGUUCAAAUAUAGACUCAUAAAUAUCGCAUUUUUACGUUAAACUAACAAAAACUUUUGCCUUGACUGUUUGCAGGAAUGUCUGUAACUCUCUUUAGAUAUUUGGUUUGCUGUAUUUCUAUUGAAUGACCUAAUUAGAGGAGUACAGAAUAAAGCGAGAUGUCAUUUUUCAUUUAGAACUCUGGAUCUCAAACAAUGAAAUCCUUGACAUUGUCUAUUAUAUUGGAGCGCUAACCGGAGUAUCAAAUUUAUGUCAAAUUAAAAAACACAGUAUACUGUAUAAAUGUAUACUCAGCUAUAUUAAAAUUAAUGUAAUGUUUUCCUUAUUUAUUUAUACGAUUUCUAUUCAUGGGGUGAAUAAAUAAACACUAUCUCUUAUGUUCUCAAUUUAUUUAAUAUUAUACACACACUUAUCUAAGUUAUAAUAAUUCACUUAUCACUAACACUUAACUAACUUAAAUAACUUCUUUAAAUUAUUCUAUUACUUUCACCCCGACUAUUUACUAUAAUGCAACUAAACUGUGUUACACAAACUCCAUAUAUAUUCUAAAUAAAUUCUCAAAACUACCAUAAAAUAAAGAAACAAAAAAAAUAAAUAGCCCUCCUAUAAAUUAUUCAAAAGAAACAAGGUGAAUGAACCGACUGCUAAAAACUCAAUAUAAAACAAACAUCAAACGGAUUCCGGGUAUUUCCAACGUACAUCUGCUGCUGAAUUUUAGAACUCCUUUACAUCUAAGCAGAACCGGAUCUAGGGCGGAGAAGCAUUCAUAACAUUAAGUUUAAAAUAUAAUAUACAGUUAAUUGUUGUUUUUAAACAUAUACUCAAAAUAUUAUUUAACUACCGUCAUUAUUCUUUGCUAUCCAUCAGCUUCUUUGCUAACUCUAACGUUUCAUGAUUUAUAUCUAAACCUAAAAGAAAGUCUCAUUACAUAUUUAUGUACGUGCUCAAAUUAAUGGUACUAAAAAUCAAUUCAAUAAAUCUUUCUCAAUUGAUGUGUUUUUCUAAUAUUUUGCUAAUGCUAAUAUUUUUUAUUUCGCAUCAAAUCUGCUCUCACAAGUUGAGCUUGUGAAGUGUCUAUGACGUCUACUUCCGCUGGGCAAGUGUCAUAUUUAUUCUAAAUGGUUCCUCUUCCCUUAGGAAUUCAUUUUGUGUUGCAGUAAACAUUUGGAUUCUGUUACUAUACAAAAAUCCACCUACUGCAUAUGCUCUAAAACAAUUAAAUCGUUUGCCUAAUAAUACGUUCGAUUUUUUAUAAAAUGAACCGAAACUAUUAAACAUUAAAUUUGUUACUGAUUUAUAUUGAUGAUAAUGAUGAUGGUUAUAUUGAUAUGAUAAACUGGUUGCUGAUUUCAUUACUCACAUCUGGUGAUUAUGUUUAAAUAUACUCCUUCAAAAUAAAACAAACUAGGUUUACAGUUUAAUUUCUAAAGACAAAAAGAUGUUUCAUGGUUUCGAAAGCAUAUUUAAGUGUAAAAAAUUGGUUUAUUAUCUUUCUAAAUAUGAUUGUAAAUAUAAAAUGUAUCAAAAUAAUUGUAUUGAAGUUAUUUUAAGCACUGGCAGUGCCGGAUUUAGUGUAUUUGCGGCUGAACUGUACGUUAUUUCAAUCUCACUUUAAAACAAGUGAGUAGUUGAUAUAUCUUAAAUAAUGGAAGUAUAAAGUACAUUUCGUAUUAAUACAUAACGAUUAUCUCAAUAUUACUUUCCACAAAACGCUGCGACCCCCUUCUGCUUGCGGCCCGGUCGCGGCAUAGUGGUAAAUUCGGCACUUACUUAAGGUAUCAUUCUAUAAUAUAAUUACUCAAUACUUACCUAAAAAUUUCCAUAGACCAAGAGCCAGGUAAUCAUUUCAAAAGUCACGAAACUUUCUAUCUUUCUGUCUUUCUAUCCUUACUGAAAAUGAAAAGGUAGUCCUCUGUGUCCGAGCAAAAAUUUUAAGGAGGGUAAGAAUUAAGACUUAAGAAUUUUAGUUGAAGUAUCAUGCCUGAAAUUUUAGAAAAUUACUUUUGACAUUAAUUUGACUACAUGCAAUUUUUGCUAGAACGUUUACAUUUCUCCAAAUUAUUAACAGAACGUCAUAAAUAUUUAAAAAAAAAAUCAUCUUUGUCACUUCAUUCAUUUUAAAAAUUUAACAAUCAAGUAAGUAAGAUAGAAAUAUGAAAACCAGUGGGUUAGAAAGAUUGAGAGUAAAAUAAAAGUUGGUCAGAAGAAAUAUAGAAGUUGUAUAGAAGAAUAUAUAAAAUUCGAGAUUAAUUUUAUUGUAUUAAUUGAAAAAUACAAAAGUGCAGUAUCAUAUUGGUCGCCGUGAUCAAUCCUCAAAGCUCAAUGAAUACAAAAUGAUUAGAAUCUUCAAAUAACUCAAUUCGAAACUCUAAUAUAUCAUUAUAUCAUUUUUUUAAUGAUUUUUGAAAGAUCGAUGAGGAAUUGACGUUUCAACUAAUUUUGGGUCUUUGUCAAAAUAUCAUAUUUUGAUAAAGACUUAAAAUUAGUCGAAACGUCAAUUUUUUAUCAAUAUUUUAGAAAUUAUUUAAAAAACUAGUUUUAAAACAGAAGAGACCUAAAAUCAAGAACAUUUAGAAGCAUAAUUAAAAUUUUAAGACUUCAUAUACAUACGUAAAUAAUAUGUAAGCAAUUUAUAGAAAAAAAUCAUUUACCAUCAGUAUUGACAUAAUCUGCUUCUAUUUCAAUGUUGUCGUUAGCGGUAGUAUCACUUACUAUAGGUGGUAGCUGAUCUUCCUCAUCCAGAUGUGCAUUUCUUCAAAUGCAGACGAUAUAUUUCGUUUUUAAUACGUGUUGAUACACUUCAGCUAGACAUGGAAGCUAAUGACAUGAAUCAAAUUUAAUAACUUUAUUUUCAAAUCUCUCUGAAGUAAUGUUUCCACAAGAUUAAGAGCAAGGUUCCAUAUUUCUAUCUUACUUACACUGGACCGAAAUCUCUCUGAAGUAAUGUUUCAACAAGAUUAAGAACAAGGUUCCAUAUUUCCAUCUUAUUUACACUAGACCGGAGACCUUUUUCACUCUGGUAGAUUGUUGGUGAUGGAAUUUCGUUCUGGCAUUGCAAAUGAGGGUUGCCAGAAGUGCCUAUUUAUUUUCAAUAGGGAUGAAAUAUUUAUUGUGGAAAUUUUCAUGACUAUUGAAAUAAUUACUCAAAAAUGGAUCACUGGCUCUUUCUCUAUCGGAUACAUAAAAUAUUAAUCUUAGCCUUGUAUAUUUUUAAUUAAAAUUGAAAAAUUAAAAAAAAUUUGGAACUCAGACACUGGUUCCAACUUCAAACUAAAUCGCUAUGUCUUUGUAUAUUAUUUAUUACUAGAAGAAAGAGUUGAAUCGUUUUCAAUUGUAUAAACAUAUAUUAUAAAUAUAUAUUUUUUUGUAUUGUAACUAUUUUCACGUGAUACUUAUAAUGUGUGAUAUAUUUAAGUUACGUAAAUGUUUGUAAACAAAUUAUAUAAUAAGAUACAACUGAUUAUCUAUGUAUGAUAUAAUCAAGCUAACAACAAAAAUGAGAAAAAUUUAUAUAUUAUUAAAUAAUAUAAUUUCAGGAAUCAAUUAUGUAGAUAUGCAUGUAUAUAUUUAUAAUAUAUAUUUGAAUGAGAAUAGUGUUAAAAUAUUAAUACUACGUAUAUGUGAAAACUAAGCUAUCAUCAUUAAUUAAAAAACAAAAAGACCAUGGCACUUGUUUUUAAAGAGAUACAUUUUAGUCAUUACAAAAAAUCCUUUGAGAUAUAUAUGUGUGUAAAGAUGAUGAACAAUUUAAUAUUGUAUAUCUUUGAUCAAUGUUUAGAAGUAACUGAAGUGUAUUAACAACAUUUGAAUAUUUUGGGUCUUAUUUAGCAAGUUGUUUGUAAUGAAAUUAAUCCAUUAAUAUUCUACAAAUAAGAAUCUGAAUUCCUCCAAAAUCAUAUGAUUUAUUUAUUUAAGCAUUUAACACCAUUCAAAAAUACAUUCAAAGAGAAAUUAAAUUCAAAAAGAGCAAUUCAGCAUUGGUUGAUUCCCGAAAUUUAAAUUAUCCAAUCUCAAUUAUAAAAAAAUGCACUUUUAUAUAUUUAUAAGUAAUAAUUUGACUAAUGUGAAUAUCCUGUCUUUAUUUGGUUAGUCAGAUUUUUAAUCUUUAUGUAGAUAAUAUAAUAUGUAACCAAAGAAUGGUGGGAACUUGAGAACUGAUAUAAUUGAUAUAUCCCAAAGAAUUUGCACAAUGUGAGAAAAUUAAGAUUAUUUAGCAAUUAACAAGUUUUAUGGAUUAUUUUGAAAUCAUUUAUAUGAAAUUAUAUGAUAUGAUAAUUAUAUUUUUUCAAUAUGAGUACAACUUUUAUUCAACACUGACAUUCUUUGUUAAAUUGGGAAAUCUUCUAUAAAAAACAAUGAGAUUCACAUUUUCAAAUAAAUUAAGGGAAACUAACCACUCAACAAUCCAAUCUAAAAAUAUAUUCUAAAUUUUUUCACGUGAGGGAUUAACGAACUGUUUGUAUAAAAAAUGGACAAAAUCUAGCAUUAAUACUUAUCAAAGAGACAAAUGCAAAAACUAAAGAAAAGACUAAAGAUGGAAAUCCGAAACUAUAGAAGGGUUUCAUUGUACUUAUAUAAAAUUUGAAUCAGUGUUAGUGGUAAGCAAAGAGACUGGUAGCUCACUAAUUGUUUUUUGAAAAUUUGUUAUGGAAUGGAAAGUAUAGUAUUUUACAUUUAAAAGGAGGCAAUGCUAUAUAUUUUAUUAAUUUUACAAUAAAUAAUAAAACAUAAUAUUUUGCGUCAAUUUUAAUUUUUAAGUUGCAUAGACAUAUUUUUAAUCAAGAUAUUAAAUACAAUAACUACUAAUAUCUUCAACGGCACCGCUACCUUACGACAUACCAAUUUGCAAUUGCUCAAAACAUUUUGUGUUUUGUUUUAUAUUUUCUGAAACAGCGGAAACUGGACGACAGAGCGUUCAGUAUAUUCGAUUUCGACAACAUUUAAAGUCAACAUACCUCCUUUAACAGUUGUUGGGAAUGGAGCAUGUCUGAGACAGAAAUAGAAAAAAAAAAUAA